AUGCGCGCAUCCGACUCCGCGGGGGCCCGCGCCGCCAUGGUCCGGGAGUUCAACAACCCGCAGUCGACGGAAGACAUCCAGGUCUUCGUCUCGAACAUCCGCAUCGGCGCGGUCGGGUUCGACUUCCACGAGUGCUGCUGCAAGGGCAUCGUGUUGGGCUGGCCGUGGUCUGCCAACAUACAGCCGACACCACCCAAAUCAUGCUGUGGUCCGCUCGCUCUGCCUGGCGGCACAGUCCGACUCCUUAAGGAUAAUCUUGCACGAGUUUCUGUCCUUCAACAAGGUCGUGCGAGGUGUCCCAGGUCGACAAACGGGCUCGGCUCGUGGCAAGGAAGCCAGCAGCUUCAUCUCCACGAUUCACAAAGUGACACACUCUAG